GCAUUCUUGAAUCCAACUCCAGCCGCAUUCUAGCAUGUGUCUCUGUGUCUCUCUCACCGAACAAUGAUGUCAGCUGAAUACCUAAACUGGGAGACAAGAAGCCACACCGCUUCCCACCUGCCGAACUGAACCAGCCACUCACUCAGUGGGGGUUCGCUUGGUUGUCAUCUAUUGUUGUGGCGUGUGGCUGAGGACCUGGAAGUUGUGGCUAGGCAUUCAAUCCACGUGACUGCAUUUCUACGAGGCUCCAGCGCUUGUGCCCGCCAGCCUGACCCAAUCGGGAGCUAAGCUCCAAGACGAAGGCAGCCUCAAGUGUACGUACGUGCAACCACACAUCAUCCACCACGACGACAAAUUCCCAUUUUCGCCCUCUUCUUCGCCGCUCUCGCAUGAAAUCAAUCGCACUCCCCUCAGAAGAUACGCCGACGCUGUGACCCCCCCACUGCAACGACUCUACGAUGCCUACCACGACCGCAGAAACCCUCUCCCUCCUCACCCGAAACGUCACCGUUGCGCCUCUCGUCCUCCUCUCCGCCGUCGACCAUUACAACCGCACUGUCUCUACCAAGACAAAGCGGCGAGUAGUCGGUGUUCUCCUUGGCCAGAACGAUGGAAAGAACGUGAGAGUAUCUAACAGCUUUGCUGUUCCCUUCGAGGAGGAUGACAAGGACCCCUCAGUGUGGUUCCUCGACCACAACUACGUCGAGUCCAUGAACGACAUGUUCAAGAAAGUCAACGCCCGGGAGAAGUUGAUAGGAUGGUACCACACCGGCCCCAAGCUGCGUGCUUCCGAUCUGGAGAUCAACGAACUCUUCAAGCGAUAUACCCCCAACCCUCUUCUCGUCAUCAUUGACGUUCAACCAAAGGAGUCUGGCGUUCCCACUGACGCUUACUUUGCUGUCGAGGAGAUCAAGGAUGAUGGCACGACAACGUCGCGAACUUUUGUACACACCCCGUCGAUUAUCGAGGCCGAGGAAGCAGAAGAGAUUGGUGUUGAGCACCUGCUAAGAGACAUCCGCGAUGUGGCCGCGGGAACACUGUCUACCCGAAUCACCAACCAGCUCCAGUCACUCCAGGGCCUACACCUGCGCCUGCGAGACAUUGGUGCUUACCUUCAAAAAGUCCUCGACGGCCAGCUACCCGUCAACCACGCCAUCCUUGGAAAUCUGCAGGAUGUCUUCAACCUGCUCCCCAACCUGUCAACUCCUGAAGGAGACGGCAAGUCUGGCGCUGGCGAGCUAUCCAAUGCCAUGAGCAUCAAGACCAACGAUCAGCUCAUGACCAUCUACCUGAGCAGUCUGAUACGCGCUAUCACGGCCUUCCACGAUUUGAUCGAGAACAAAAUCCAGAACCGACAACAGCAAGAGGAGAAGGAGGGCAAGAAGGACGACGCCAAGGCCGACAAGAAGGACGGCGCCAAUGGUGUGAAUGGCGAGGCCAAGGAGGGUGACAAGGAUAAGGACGGCAAGGAUGGCAAGGAGAGCAAGAAAUAGGUCAACAGACCCGGUAGAGGAACGUAGACUUGAUCGCGGAGGUUCUCGGCGUCUGGAGGAUGCAAUCAGGGCGGCAUGGUUGCCGGAGAGGGAGGGCAAAAGCCUUUGUACA